GAACGGGGAGGGACCUUAAAGCUGCGGGGCGGCGAGGCUGGGACCGGCCGCUCCGCGGGCACCCUCGGAGCCGGGAGCGGAGAGUGGAGCGGCGCGUCCCGUCCCAUCCCGAGUGCUCUGCCGAGCCGUGCCAGGUAAAAGGACACAGAAAAGAAGAUGGACUGGGGAAGUCUGCAGGCCGUUUUAGGAGGUGUAAAUAAACACUCCACCAGCAUCGGGAAGAUCUGGCUCACAGUCCUGUUCAUCUUCCGUAUCAUGAUCCUGGUCGUGGCUGCAGAGAGAGUCUGGGGAGAUGAACAAGAUGACUUUGUCUGCAACACACUUCAGCCUGGGUGCAGAAAUGUUUGCUAUGACCACUUUUUCCCCAUCUCUCACAUCAGACUCUGGGCCCUGCAGCUGAUCUUUGUUUCCACACCUGCUCUGCUGGUGGCCAUGCACGUAGCUUACACCAGGCACGAGAAGAAAAAGCGGUUCAGAAAUGGUGAGAAAAUUGAUAUCGAAGAGCUGAAAAAUGAAAAGAUUCACAUUCGAGGCCCCCUGUGGUGGACAUACACCAGCAGCAUCUUCUUCAGGAUCAUCUUUGAAGCAGUCUUCAUGUAUGUGUUCUAUUACAUGUAUGAUGGGUACCAGAUGCCUCGCCUGGUGAAGUGCAAUGCAUGGCCCUGCCCCAACACAGUGGAUUGUUUUGUGUCUCGGCCCACUGAGAAAACCACAUUUACUAUUUUCAUGCUUGCUGUGUCUGGGAUCUGCAUGAUGUUGAAUCUGGCUGAGUUUUGUUACCUAGUGAUAAAAAUUUGCAUGAAAGAACCCAGGAAAACAACGGUUUUAAAAUAGUUCCCCAGUUUCAGGAUUUUCUAGCUCCCCAUUUCCUUCAAACUUUCUUAGGUGUCAGAAGACAAUCAGCAAUAUUUUCACACUCGAGAAAAAAGAUACAAAUGAAAGUUCAUUCACACUUUAGAAAUGAUAGCCUCCCUGGGAAGCUGCCACCAAGGGCAGGUUUUAAAGAUCGUAAGCUAAUUCAGUAUUCCUGCAUCCACAAAUAGAGAGAGCAGCCUUCUGGCAGCAGCUUUUCCAAAUAUGCCUACUGCUGGGAUCCUGUUGUUGGGACAGAGGCACUUUUUGAAAAGUGGGAGUGGAAAGGAUCAGAGAAGGCUCUAGUGCCCAAAGGGGAGCCAGGAAUGACAAACACACUGUGUCAUCUUCAGAGGCCAGCCAAUAACAAAGGGUUUCAGUCACAGCGGGGUGAAGGUUUUUUUUGGGGAGGAACUUACAGUUUGUGAAAGGGAAGAAGACAGGGAGGUGAUUGUGUUUGUAGCAGGUGUCCUGUUCUCUCUCAAGUAUUCUGGUACUCUAUGGCAAUGCAUGCUAUCACCUCUGCUGGGCACCAGCAAUGGCUUUUAUCUUUUUAUCCCCUCACCUGCACCAAGGAGCAUCUCCUGCAGGGUUGGGGGUGGCCCAUCUCAACUGCUUGUGAAUGUCACUAGGUCAGUGCUGCCUCCUUCCACUCACAGGGGCUGCAGCAGUGGGAGGAAUGAAAUUUGGUUUUUCAUUCUCUUAGUCAGGUGAGGAAAAAAAAGGAUUGUCCCCUUUGAGAAGGUGGGGUCCAUGCAACUGUCUUCCUUCUUCUCUUGUUGUCCCCCAACACUUUGUGAAGAAUCUCAGUAUAGUAAGUUUUACUCAAUGAAGAGACUUACUACCACCUGACUGUGCCUCCUUCAGCUGUGUACCUUCAAAAGUUGGUGGGUUUUUUUUUUAGUAAAAGCCAAAAAAAUUUGCCUUGUUUCAUUCUGUAUGUUAUCCAAAAGAAAUGCUUCAACAUCUACAUCAUGAUAUGCAGUACAUAGCACCUACCAGUGCUCCUUCCAUCAGGUACUGCAUUUCUUCAUAAAACCUUCUCCCUAUCUGAGGUACCUUUCAAGUGAGUUCAUCAAACCACUCCCAAUUUCUCUGUCAUUCCACACUGAGAGACUGAAUCACCCUUCGUUUUCUUACAGUAGGUCUAGCAAGAGUUACAGGCAGCCUGCAGAGCUAAAAUAGCAAAGGUACCCAAUCAGAAAUGAGGAGGAACUCGAUAUUUUUCUUAAAGUUUGCAUUGCUGGGCUGUGAAUUGUGUAUUACGAAUUUGAAGAACUAUGUGAGUCAGUCCGGUCUUGUCUCUCCAGAGCAGUCUCAAAACAUGUUUUAUGCCUGUCAAAGGCAGCUACACCAGCAGUUUAUGCCCUAAGUGCCUGCCCAUUAAACCCGUUUCUAGAAAACUGGCUUUUCCUCCUCCUUAGCUUUAAUAUCUGGCUUUCCCCCAAAAGGAAUGAGUGCUAUCUCAGCUUCUCUAUUUGCAUCCAUCUCUUAUUGUACAUUUAAGUUUAUCGCUGUUGGAGUUAAACAAAGCUGUAUUAACUAAGACCCGUGACCCCGCACUGUGCACUGGAAGCGGAGCACGAGCAGGCUCCCAUUGCUUGUGAACUGCAUCCAGUGUUAUAACUUGACUGCAGAUGGAAAUCUGUCAUCCAAGAGCGGAGCAAGAAAAACAUAAAAACACCUUCCUCAGAAGCAUGAACAAAAAGAUGGAAAGUCAUUAAUAAUGAGCUGAACUGGAAACUUGGACCGUGAAAACAUCCUUAAUCCAACUCUAAAGACAAAGCUUGGCACAUAUCAGAUUUGUGCUUGGUAAAGUUCCUACAUUGUUCCGUGUACAAGUACAAAGAGAACAAACUAUCUACACUCCCAAGUGCUCUAGGAUUACAUGUCUUUUGUAACAACAGGAAUUUUAUUUUUUUCUGAAGUUGUAAUUAAAGCAUUCUUGUGGUGUCUGUUUUCUGUAUUACUUGUACAUCCCGUUUAUUACUUAAUGUGUGUAAUGAAAAUCUGUUUACCAUAAUGGAUAAUGUAUGCACCAAUACUACAUUUAAUAGCAAAGGGCUACUGUAAGGAUUUUAGUCUUCUGCUGCAGGUUGUUUUUUCAAUUGGUUACAUUGCCUGUUGUUCUUCAUGAGCUGGGAGUAGAAGAUCACGUAUAUGACCUACUAGAAAUCAAAUGUGCUGCCUUGUGUCAGCCUUGUAGUAGCAGAAUUGCAGCUGGAAAAGGCUGGUGAUAAGUAACUUAACCAGCUCUAUAGGGGAGAGAGUUUAUUUUCCCAGACUGCCUUUGAGUGUUACUGGAACUUGGAACAAGACGCACCAAAUCUGUAACACUAACACAAUGACGUUCUCUUCAACUAGCAAUUUGGCAAACAGAUUGUCACACAGGGAAAAAAGAUAGAAAUAAGUGUUUAAAGUGGCAGAGAGAGGACUUUGAUUCAGAACUGCAGCAUCAAGUCACAAUAGCUCUAACCAGAACAUAUUUACUGUCUGAGAUUUCUGUAUAUAUUAAAUUGGACUAAAUAGCUACUUUGUAAACAAAAAUAGUUCGGGUACUUCAUAGGAAUACAGGAAUUGCACCUAUUUCUACAUGUGCUACAUUGCAUGGUUGACCCCCUACAAAUGGAUUUCAUACAGAUUAAAAUACCACACUGUGUUGGAA